GAUACAAAAAUGAGCACGUCAUUCCAUGAUGGCUGAAGAUCCCGGAGGAACCUUUCUUAAAUUCACUCAAUUUUUUAUCUCUUUUUAUUUAGGUUUGCUUGUCUUAGAGACAUGGCAGCACACACAAUCGCGUUAAGGGUCCACAUAUCAUUGAAGUCGUCAUGCCCAAGAAAGGGAACCGAAAACGGCUGAAAUUUAAGCCUGGGGACAUCUGUUCUGAAUCAGUGACAGUAGCUGAUUACGCGAAUGCAGACCCCGCUGUGGUGAAGUCGGGGAGGGUGAAAAAGGCUGUGAUCAAUGCAGUUGAAAAAGAAGUGAAGUUACUGUGUGGCCUGGAGGCCUCCGUGGGUGCUGUGGAUGAGGUGCUGUCCUCUGCCUUGGGAGUCACAGGAGACACCUCGGAGAGCAGCGACGAUCUCGAAGCAGAGUCAGAGGAAGAUGAAAAUGAAAGCAAAUCUGUCAGAAAAAAGAAAAACAAAAUAAAAGAGAGUGAGAGCUAUGAUGGAGGGGAGUAUCCGGUGGAUAUCUGGUUAAUGCUGUCCGCCUACAUCCGUCCUGAAGAUGUUUGCAGAUUUUCCCUGAUCUGCAAGAAUGCCUGGAUUGUCACAUGCACUGCUGCCUUCUGGACCAGGCUCUACAGAAGACACUACAGCCUGGAUGCUGAGCUGCCGUUCCGUCUGCAGCCGAAAUGCAUCGACAGGAUGCAGUGCCUGCGGGCAUGUGUGAUCCGCUCCCUCUUCCUCCUGUACGAGCCCUUCAGCCUGCGCUUCUCCAAGGUUCCCAUUCUGCCAGAGUCCACGCCUACCUCCUUGCUCAACUCAAAGUGUUUGCUGUUCUGGGUCACGAAAGUAUCUGGGACUCGGCCCGAAGCUAUGUGGGAGUUCAACUUCAAGUUUCUAAAGCAGCAGAGGCAGAGUAAGAACGGCAACACCAACUCUCUCUGCCUGCCCAGGCAGUACGAAGAUGUCCACGCCAACCCGGACUCUGACUGCUACCUGCUCCGGGUCUUCACACUCAACUUCAUCUUCACACCUGUGGUCAUGGGGAUGACCCUUACCACGUUCGCUAUCAACGUGAGCACGGACAUGCGGCAUCACCGCGUGCGCCUGCUCUUCCAGGACUCCCCGCCGCGCCGCGGGAGGAGGCGGGUGGAACACUGCGGGCUGCAGGUGGUGCUCGACCCGGUGCACAGCGUCCGGCUCAUGGACUGGUGGCACCCGCAGUACCCCUACUCAGCCUGCACCUGAUAUAUUCUUGAUAGCAGAGGGUCAAUGUCUCCUGCUUAGAACCGGAGAACCCCAGGUCCUGGUCUUACAUGAGCACAUACGGCACCACACUGCCCCAUGACUGCAGACAGAUGCUAGUUCUCCGUUCCUGCCCCUCCCAUAACUCAGUUUGUGCCCGUUUGUUUUCCUACUGGUGUCCUGUCUACACUAGAACUAGAUUCCCCUGGACCCACACGAGCAGCAUCGAGCUAGAAAUGUACUUCCUUAUUCAACCUCGAAUUUGAAUCCUGCCUCCCACUAGACUAAGGAAUAUUAUCCUCCAUUGUAAGAUUAGUUUUAAAUACAUGGUUCAGAAAUAGGAAAGAUCCUGCCGAUUGAAUUGUUCAUAUAUUACUAUAUUUAUUAUUUCAUUUUAGGAUCUGGCUUAAGACUCAAGGUCUUGGCUCACCUUUUAUUUGAUUUUAUGUCUGCAUUUAAGUAAAAAAAUAUAUAUAAUUGACUUAUUUUCUACUCCUUUUGAUUUUAAAAGGGAUGCUGACGCUGGAAAUCCAACAUAUGUAUUUGAAUCAACCCUACUUGAUAGAUAAAAGCAACAUGAUGAUUUUUUUCUUCCACAUUUGGAAACCUUUUGUGUGAUCUUGAUUCCAUGUAUAAACCUAUUCGUUACACUGGAAUAAAAACACAAACCGCU